CCGCUGAGCUGAGCUGAGGCUCUUCGGCACCUCCGGCGUAAGCCAACAAUCCAUCAUGACGUGACAUGCCGCCUCUCCUUCAGUUCACCUCCACUCCACCUCACCCACCGCAACCAUGCCGUCCCCACUCCCCAACGACGACCCCCGCAAACUCUCGCACGUAGACUCGGCAGCGCGCGCCGCCAGCAUCGGCGCACUCGUUGGCGCCGCGAAGUGGGGCGCCGUGUCACUGGCCGGCGUAGCACUGGCGCACGCGUUCUCGCCGCUGGUGCGCAACCUCACGAUUCAGUUCCGCGUGUACCUGUGGAUGUGCCCCACGACCAUUGGGUCGAUGGUUGAAGCUGACCAUCGGUUGAGGAUGUAUGAAACCAUGGUGCGCGCGGAGAGGAGGGAGAAGAUUGAGGAGGCUAGGGAGAGGGCGCUGGUGGAGGAGAUGGUGCUGCUGGAUGAGAUGGAGGCAAGGGCGAAGGAGCGCGCGGCGACGAAGGGGAAGUGAACGCGAGCGCGAACACGAUCGCGAUCACGAUCGCUGGAUGCAGGUGUAGGAUAUAUGGAUGUAGCAUCCAGAUGUAUAUUAACUACUACUACAGGAGACUUCUUCUUCCUCCAGUCAUCCUCUUCUCUAUGGUACUUGCGACCCCGCCUUGGACUCAUUACAACACUCCCGCACCCCUCCUGGCCGUCCCCAGAAAACAAAUAAACGGGU